AAUAAUUUACAAUAUAUAAAAUGGAAUUUUCACAAAUAGAAAAAAGGCUUAUUGAAGCAUUUGAUGUAUUUGAUAAUGCAAAAGUCCAUCAAGUAGAUGUCAGAGAAUUAGGAACAAUUAUUAGAUCUCUUGGUUGCGUUAUUACUGAGGCAGAAUUGCAAGAAAUACAGGUUGAAGUAGAAGAUGUUGAAAAUAAUUGUGUACCCCAAGAUCGUUUCGUUGAAUAUAUGUGCAAAGCCAUUGGCGAACAAAAGUACAAACCAACUGAUCCAGAAGAUCUAUUAAAAGCAUUCCAAGUGUUGGAUCCGGAAAACCGAGGUUACAUUUUGAGAAAUGAAUUAGAAAAGGCAGUAACGGAAGUUGGAGAGCCAUUUACUGUUCAAGAAGUAAAUGAAAUGAUGUCCAUUGCUUGUGAUUCACAAACAAAUCGAAUUAAUUAUGAAAAUUAUAUUAAUUUAUUAAUACCAAAAAUACCCACAGACAAAAAUAUAUUUGCAAUGUCGGAAAUUAAAGGAGCGUAAAGGAAUAAACCAUUACAAGUACUUUCUUAGAAUAUCAGUACAUACUGCAAUUAUCGGCAAUUAGCAAAUUGUUAAAUUUUUAGUGCAACAAGUAAUGUGUUAAUUGUUGACAAAAUUUUGAAUCAUUUCCAUUAUAAAAAAUAGUUUUUUC